AUGUCCACACCAACAGCUACUACUACUACCACCACCACCACACCUACAACCACAUCAAGACCCUCCACAGCAGGCGCUAUCAUCAAAGACCUAGUCACCACCACCGCAACUGAGAUCGUUGUUGUUCCCCCGCGCCCAAACUCGUCGUGUGCUUGUACCGUUCCAGAACUAGACGACCUUGAAGAAAGCGCUCCCCCGACGGCCCCUAUGCUUGAUACUGAAUCAUCGGCAAAGAUCGUUGUUCCUAAGCCUCAGCCCGCCGGUGCCUCUACGCUCGAUCUCGUCCCUCGCCAGCCUUCACCAAUGGUCCGUGCCGAAGAACAGGAGCUCAAGGAUGCCUACCUUGCCGGCUUCAAGCACGUUGAGGACUUCUUCGCGAAAUUCAUCGAGUCGCUAAACUUCUACAAGCGCAAGUCGGCCUCGCUCGAGACCGAGAUCGCGGAGCUCAAGGCGGCCAAGGAGGAGCUCGAGGCGAAAGUAAAGGAGCUUGAGGAGCAGCGCGACGAGACAGACAAGCAGCGCGCCGAGCGUGAGAAGUUGAAGGAAGGAAAGGCGAUCAACAAGAUGCGCAAGCUGAUAUGGAGCGCCAGUGUUAGCCACAAGAGGAAGAGCUCGACGGAAGGCGUUGUCCCAGUGGUGGCGUCGGUCGAGGCUAAGUAG